GCGCCCGGGGAGGCGGCUGCGGGAAGAUGGCGGUGGCGGGGAGAGGCGCGGUGAGCGCGGCGGUGAAGCCGAUCUUCAGCCGCGACCUGGGCGAGGCCAAGCGGCGGGUGCGGGAGCUGUACCGCGCCUGGUACCGCGAGGUGCCCAACACGGUACACCUCUACCAGCUGGACAUCUCGGUGAAACAGGGGCGUAACAAGGUGCGGGAGAUGUUCAUGAAGAACGCCCACAUCAGAGAUCCACGGGUGAUAGACAUGCUGGUUAUUAAGGUAGAGAAGAAGUCAUUGUGGAAGCUGCAGAGAAUGUGGGAGCGGGUGAUUGGUGGGGAAAAUGGAGCUUCAAGAAACCAUUAAUGUAUGGAAGCAGAGGACACACGUCAUGAGGUAUUUCCAUGAGACGGAAACCCCACGGCCUAAAGACUUUCUGUCCAAGUUCUAUGCGGGCCACGAUCCCUGAGAGAUUGGCUCUGUGCCUUCCUGCCUUGUAUUACAAAUAAAGUUCUACUAUAUAGAAAAAAAA